AUGCCUAGUCGGCCGCCUCAAAAUGACAAUGGCGCGUUCCAGCCAUGCUCACUGGACCAUGUUGGCACUUUGUAUGUCUAUAGUGGGAACGCUAAAGCUAGUAGAGAGUGGAAGCUAUUUGCCAAUGAAGAGCUCAUUGUAGGCCGCAACGCAAACUCGUGGUGGGCAUUAACCUCACCCAUAGCAAAGGCAGUCUUGAUAUCGGUUGUUGAUUUUUAUAGCCAAUUGGUCAUUGACGAUCCCACGGUCUCCAACACACAUCUCCGUAUUUACACAAUCAUAUUUGACCAGGAGAACCCUUCUCAGGUUGCACCUCUGGUAUAUGUUCAGGACCUAUCCCUCAAUGGAGCCUUUUGGAAUGGCAUCAAGAUAGGGAAAGGGAAUGCAGGUUUCCUAUUAAGUGAUGGAGAUAUGGUGGAAAUCUCUAGCAACGUGAUUCUAGAGUAUAGUGGUGAAAGCGUGCUGCGGACCCCUUUCGAUAAGGUUCAAAUACAGGAAAUGAAGUCCUUCGAAGAUCAAUAUGUCAUAACAAACCGCACCCUAGGCUGUGGGGCAUACGGGCGAGUGCAUAUGUCCAUUGACAAGAAGAAGAAAAGACAGUUGGCAUGCAAAGUUGUCAACUUAGCAGACCUGAAAGCCAGGCUUCGACAAGUUGGACUUGAAGAGCCUCCCCAAGCGGCUGGUCUAGGGCUGCAUAAGACGGCCAAACGACGCCUCACAUAUAAAGUACAGGCCAAGUUGAAGAUGUAUGAUCGAGAGGUGGAAAUUUUGCAAAAGCUACGGCAUCCCAACAUCAUCAGCAUUGAAAAGGUCUUCAAGACACACAAUACCAUAUAUAUAUUCCAAGACCUUGUCACGGCAGGGGACUUGUUCUCCUUCCUAGAAUUCAAGAAUGGAAAGCUCUUAGACGUGGAAGCAGCUGUAAUAAUCCGACAGGUUGUGAUUGCACUAGCGUAUCUACACAAUCAAAAUGUUGUCCACAGAGAUCUAAAGCCGGACAAUGUUCUAAUGACAUCUUUGUCAAACGGGUCUCGGGUGAUUCUAACAGACUUCGGGUGCGCACGGUACCUGAAUCCCAAAAAGUCACGCAUGGCAUCCGUAAUGGGAACUUUGGAAUAUACUGCUCCGGAAAUGGGUCAAGGGUGCCACAGGCUAGCCAAAGGGUACACUAAGUCUGUUGACUUGUGGUCAUUGGGCUGCCUCACCGUCGUACUUCUCACAGGUGGCUCGCCGUUUAGUGAUCCCGCGACUGGGAAGUAUUGUGGAACGCUGGCAAAGCAAUGCAACCUUGAUACGCUGGAGCAGGAUAAUGACUGGCAAGUUGUGGGUGAACGUGCAAAGCAGUUCGUUCGUGGCCUUCUGGUUCUUAAUUAUGAGCAGCGAAUGACAGCAGAUGAAGCACUAAAGCAUGACUGGUUCACAAACAUUGCGCAUAGCCAAGCCUUUGAAGACCUCUACAUGCGCGCAAUACAAGGAUGGGAACCACGAGAUGAAAAAUCGAAGAUAUUGUACGAUAUGCGCUAUAUGCAAGGGUCAAUGGGUGAGUACAGUUUCUGGCAAGGCAAAACUUCAAUGCAGCUCCCUUCAGGUAGCCCUAGACAAGAGUUGGACAGCUUGACCUCUCAGGAGGAGAUUGAAAAGUCGUCGUAUUUCUCUAUGUCACGGUGGAAUCCGGAGGCGAAGCUUCGGAGAAGUGUAUCAAUCACGCUCUCAGACCCCGGAAACAAAGAGGCCCUUAGGGUACUGAAUAAUAGCACAGAUGCUUCCCCUCCUCGUUCUCCACAAGGGUCAACUGCCCAGGAGUGGGAUGGUAUAGUGGGUCAAAAAACGGACAAAGUCCGCUUCGAAGCGACCAGCCAUGACGACGUAGCUGACCACCAGGCCAAGUCAUGUAUCAGAAACCCGUUUAGCCCAGAGGCAUGGCAUAAGAGCGACCACGAACCAGUCCAACGGCCGAAAGGAACACGAUCCAAAAAGUGUAUGGAUAACACGGAGCAUGAGCAACCAGAAGCAGUAGCCAAGAGCGAAUGGGGCCUCAAGACGGUAGAAAAGGUCACAGUCCCUUCAUCGGCAACGAAGCAUGGACCGGCGGAUAUUCUCAAUCCCGUAAGAGCAGAUGCCCUACACAUGCCUAUCAUGAGUAAUCUCAAGAGCCCACGCUCCUGGCCACAUCAUGAUACCGAGAGCGAUAUAUUCAUAUUCCAAGAAGACGAAGUGUAUGAGGAGGUACUUGACCCUGUCACUGGGAAGCACCGUCCAGUCAGAUAUGGUGAGCGGUAG